GUCACUCUUCAUGCACUCGAAGAAAUGAACAUAUAUUGCGUUGUAAUAAAUUCAAUUGACUACAGCGCCCUCUUAAUUAAACAAAGGAUCAGAACUAAUAUAUUUACACCUUUAUCUAAUAUCGAUCUAAAAGAUAAUGUUUUUAUCACAAAAAUUCUAAUACAUGCAUAUGUGCCCCUUCAUAUAUUGUUAACAAAAAAAUUACACGUUUAUCAUGUGAUUUAAAAUAAAUUGUAUUUAAUGUUACUCUUAUUUUAUCGACAGUAAAACAACACCCGGUAGAAAUUGCACAGCUGAGCUAAAGCAAUUGUAAUUCUCACUAUCCUUCUUUGGAAUUGAGUUUAUUUAGAAGCUUCAAACGUACGGACAUAUACUGAUAACUGCAGUUCAAAUAUAUAGAUAAUCCUGUUGGUGGUGUCAUUUUUGUUUAAUGAAAUUGUCGGUGUAAUUAUCUAAGUGCAAAACCUGCUGAUAGUUCUUAAAUACAUUGUUUAAACAUGGUUGUACUUAGUAAUUUCUUCGCUCCUCAGGAAGGAAUCAAGCAUGAAGAACAAAAUACUACUGUUUUUAUUAAUGAUAGAGAAGUAGGAAAAGGAACUUUAUACAUAACUGAAAGUGUAUUAUCAUGGGUGAAUAAUACAACACAACAAGGAUUCUCUUUAGAAUAUCCACACAUUUCUUUACAUGCAGUUUCAAGAGAUGAACAAGUUCAUCCACGACAGUGUCUUUAUGUUAUGGUGGAUGCAAAAGUUGACUUACCAGGUGUUGAAGUAGUUGAACAAAAUGAAGAAAAUUCUAGUGACGAUAAUGCUGACUCUGAAACAGUUAUGACUGAAAUGAGGUUUGCACCUGACAACACAAAUAACUUAGAUGCAAUGUUUCAAGCAAUGAAUCAUUGUCAAGCUUUACAUCCUGAUCCUCAAGACAAUUCUUCAGAUGAUGAACAUGAAAUCUUUGAAGAUGCGGAGGAGGAUGAUUUUAAAUAUUACGAAGUUGGAGCUGAAGAUGCCCCGUAUAUAUUACCUCAAGAGCACGUAGCAGGAAAUCAAAAUGGAAAUGACAAUGAGGAUGCUAUGGAUGUAGAAUCUGGAAUGUUUGAGGACGCUGAAGAAGGCAUAUAACUUAUUUAAACUAAUAAUGACCCUAACAGAAUAUCGGCUAUAAUCAACAUUUUUUUGCACUGUUUUCUUUAUAGUAUAUAGUGAAAUUUCUAUGCUCUUCACAUUCAUUUAACAGUAAUUGCUAAUUUCACAUGCGAAAAAUGCUCUUGCUGUAGACAACUUGAUGUCAUUAGUCAAUGUAAAACUAACAAAACAAAUUGAAAGCACUGAACUUUAUUUAUAUUCAUUUUGUACAUGGCAAUAGUUUCUCUCAAGAGAACAAUAAAUCAUAAACAUAAUGAAAAUAA